AUGGCAGUGGCUUUUGAUGCAAUGCUGGCUCGGGUCAAGGAUGUUUGUAAAAGAAAUGGUUUGCUCAUUCUCUCGGUAUUGUCUGUCAUAGUGGGAUGUCUCCUUGGAUUCUUUCUCAGGACUAGACGCCUCUCUCCACAGGAAAUUAGUUAUUUCCAGUUUCCUGGAGAGUUAUUGAUGAGAAUGUUGAAAAUGUUGAUUCUACCUCUGGUUGUUUCAAGCUUAAUGUCUGGGCUAGCAGCUCUUGAUGCUAAAACAUCUAGUCGACUAGGCAUCAUAACUGUCACUUACUAUCUUUGGACCACUUUUGUGGCUGUUAUUGUGGGAAUCAUUAUGGUCUCUAUUAUCCAUCCUGGUGGAGCAGCCCAGAAGGAGAACACUGAAGAAAGUGGGAAGCCAAUAAUGAGCUCUGCAGAUGCAUUGCUGGACUUAAUUCGGAACAUGUUUCCUGCCAAUCUAGUUGAAGCCACUUUUAAACAGUACCGAACCAAAAGCAUCCCCAUUGUCAAAGCCAACAAGGCACAAUCUGAAAGCUCCACUCACCGAAUCAUAAUCUACGGGGUUCAGGAUGAAAAUGGAUCCAACAUCCAGAAUUUUGCCUUGGAUAUCACACCACCACCAGAAGUGAUAUACAAGUCAGAGCCAGGCACCAGUGAAGGCAUGAAUGUGUUGGGAAUUGUAAUAUUCUCUGCCACCAUGGGAAUAAUGCUGGGCAGGAUGGGAAGCAGUGGUGUUCCCUUGGUUAGUUUCUGCCAGUGCUUAAAUGAAUCUGUCAUGAAGAUAGUGGCUGUUGCUGUGUGGUACUUUCCAUUUGGAAUAGUGUUCCUUAUUGCGGGCAAGAUUUUGGAAAUGGAUGAUCCAUCAGCCAUUGGGAAGAAGCUAGGCUUUUAUGCCAUUACUGUGGUUUGUGGCCUGGUAGUACAUGGACUUUUCAUUCUGCCAAUGAUGUAUUUCUUCAUCACCAAGAAGAACCCCAUUGUCUUCAUCAGAGGGAUUCUUCAAGCCUUGCUUAUUGCUCUGGCCACAUCAUCCAGUUCAGCCACUUUGCCUAUAACCUUCAAGUGCUUGUUAGAGAAUAAUCACGUGGAUAGGAGGAUUGCCAGAUUUGUGCUCCCUGUGGGGGCCACAAUCAAUAUGGAUGGGACUGCGCUUUAUGAAGCAGUAGCAGCUAUUUUCAUUGCCCAAGUAAAUAAUUAUGAACUGGACUUUGGACAAAUCAUCACUAUCAGUAUCACAGCAACAGCUGCCAGCAUAGGUGCAGCUGGGAUCCCACAAGCUGGCCUUGUGACCAUGGUAAUCGUUUUGACUUCAGUGGGGCUGCCUACAGAUGACAUCACUCUAAUAAUUGCUGUCGACUGGGCAUUGGACAGAUUUCGAACAAUGAUCAAUGUUCUGGGGGAUGCUCUUGCUGCUGGAAUAAUGGCUCACAUCUGCAGAAAAGAGUUCACAAAGGAAGGAUCUGAGGUGCCUUUGAUCUGUGAAACAAAACCAAUCAGCAUCCACCAGAUUAUGGCUUACCAAAGAAAUGGCUGUGUGAAGAGCAUGAAUGAGCCCCAUGGACCAGAACCAGCAAAAGCAUUUCAACAUCACAUACCUGUUCAAGUAGAGCAAGAAGAAAACCCCACAGAAACCCAUACAGAGAAGUCCAGCAGUAAAGACCAUUGCACUAUUGAAAUCAAUGAACUGGAAACAAACGUGUAAUUGAUGACUCGUGGCAAUAGCGGGACUCUAAAUGACUACCUCAGAGCCAGCAGUGGGAAACAGCCUUUUAUCUCGAAUGAAAAAGCAUGGAAUAAGUGGCACAUGUGAACCGAGGCUAUGAGGCCAGUUGUGAACAUCUGUGAGGAGAGAAGGAUUCAAAGGGUGUGGUUUUUUCAGUUUGUUGGUUGGUUUUAGUACAAAGAACUUUGGACAAUGGACAACUUUGAUUUUAUUUUGGGCAAACUAAUAAGAUUCCAAAUAUUUGAUGUUCUUUUAAAAGAAAAACUCUGAUCCCUUUAAAAUGAUUUAACUUACUAAUCACUAAGACAAUUCCACAGGAUUCUGCAAUGGCUUUUACUGCACUGAUCAAAGAGAGUGGUUAUGUUUAACUUCAAAAUUUAAUUGUGGUAAUUGCAUUGGCGUUUUAGCUUCAAGCAAUACAUCUUUUACAUUCAAUUAUAUUCAGUUUAAUAUUGCAUUGAACUGAAAAUAAAUCUCUAUAUAUAAUUCUCUAAGGUGUACCCAUGGCUAAUCCCGUGUGUGGCAGCUCUCGCAAGAGUUUGCAAGCAGAAGCACCGUGGUGAUUGGGCAGUGGGGAUUCCAUAUUCAGAUAAGGUGGAGGAGCCUGUGAUGGUUAAGAUCAGUUGGAAUGCAACUAUUCCUGGUCGGAAGAUGUUAUUGGUCGUAGAGGAGAGGAAUCUGUCUAUCUAUCUAUCAAUCUCUCAAAGGAUAGUGGACAGGCGUCUGUGAUGAGAGGGGUCAUGAGGGAGGAAAGAGCCCCUUCAGGAGAAGGAAGCUGCCGUUGUGUGAAUUAGAUGAGGAAACAAGAUGAACAAGAUCUGUUAACUCAGGAAGGAAGGGAGAGAGAGAGAGAAGGGGGGAAGAGUGAGGAGGAGAGAGAAAAAGAAGGGAGGGGGGAAAGAAGAGGAAAAGGAAAAAGAAGGAAGAGUGAGGGAUGGGCUCGAGCCUGUCAGCAGCCUGAGGGGAAUGAGCAGCCAUGGUGGUGGCAUCAGCGAGGAAGGGCCCGGUCAGCUGCUGCUGCUCCUGUGGGGAGGAGCAGGACCAGGGCUCGAAUGAGGGGGGAGAGGUCUCUGGGGAUAAGGGGCUGCCACUUGGCCAAUAGACACCAGCAAUGCUGCAGGCGCGACCAAGAUGGGUGAGAGGGAUGGAGGAGUGACCAAGAGGGUUGAGGGAUAUGGAAGCAACGAGAUGAAGGAGGAGGAGCAGGAGUGCAGCUCAAGUGAGGUUGUCAAGGGCUGUGGCAGGGGGUGAGGGGAGCAAUCAAGUACUAGCAUGCAGAUGGUCUGCGCGGGUCUAUCUCUUAUUUUGUGUGUUGUUAAAUUUAUUUACCACCUUUCAUAAAACUUAUCCGGGCACUUUCCAGAUUAGAUCCUGCAAUGGGGUCACGUUGUAUCUCGGAAGUGUGCUUCCACACUUUGUGUUGUGAUACCGCAGUCCCUAUGCAGACAGUAGGGUGCCAUUCACAUUUCCAAUGCCUUGUUUCGAAUUUAUGCGCUGCAAUAUGGAGCUUGGACAUUGUAUAUCUGUCGUAUGAAAGUUGCUGUUUUUUCAGGUUGUUAGUUUCCACAAGACUACUCCCCCUGCUGUUUGUUUCAAAUGCGACUUGCCUGAACGGAGGUAUUUUGCUGCUGUUGAGCAGAUAGUCUGGAAAGCGCCCCCAAGGUGGAUGUGGCCCAGGAAUUAUUUCAUUAUUUCAUUCAUCUCUCUCUCUCUCUCUCUCUCUCUCUCUCUCUCUCUCUCUCUCUCUCUCUCUCCAUAUAUAUAUAUAGAGAGAGAGAGAGAGAGAGAGCGCUGCAGUGUAAGAUACCACUCUUUGUUGCAACUUAACUCUCUAUGGUGACCCUGUUCUGUUUAAAUAUUAUUCCCUAUGUAUCCAGUUUCUCAUUUUCAUUGUAAGAUGAAUUUCAACAGCUGAAUUAUCAUUUUUCUUAUUCUGUUUCUCUAUUUGUGAUGGUAAUGAAUAAGUAUUGAUAAUAGAGAACAGGCUGCAUAAAUAACAAGGAUUCUCAAUACUCUUUCAUUUUUUGUGGAGAAGUAAAUUACAACCAAGAAUGCUUUGUUACUUGGCAUUUAUUUAAACAUGUAAGGUUUUUUAAAAAAAAUAUAUACGUUGCCAUAUAUUAUCUUUUUUGAACCAAUAGGGUUUUUUGUUUACUGAAUUUGGAGGAGAUUCUCAUUCUUUAGACACUUUAAAGGCAGAUAAUAAAUCUGCAUCUAAAAACACCCCAUCAAGUAAAAGUCGGUUUGCCUUCUAAAGUGCCAGAUUCAUGCUUCUCUUUUUCUUCCUUUCUUUUUUUCCCUUUUGAAAAAUUUAGCUCUAUAAUGGUAGCCACAGUGUUUGGACUGUGAGAAAAAGUUCAAACAAAAAGAACUGGUGCUAAAAAGAAUAUGUAAUGUUCUCUCAUUUGUAUAGACUGUAUAUAUGAUGACAUUUAUGGCCUAGAUCCCUUGACUAAAACAGAGCUUGUGGUCUGACAGCAGACUAAACAUAGUCUGGGAUCCAAUGUACAUGACUGUGGCCCGAUUUUGUUUUGUUAUCCUCAAUUCAAUUGUAAUAUUAUUAUCUCCACCUUUAAAUUUGUUUUAUGGAAUUAAUAACCAUGCUUCCUCUCCCACAUGCAGGAACCUGGCUAAACUUUCUCCAGGUCCCGUUAAAUGGCCCAGUAAUGCAUUCCUGUACUUCUAACAUAGGAAUGGCAUCCAAUUGAAAUGGGAAGGUUUGAGGAAUGGUGGAGACAGGCAGCAGCAGCAGCAGCACUGUUACUGUGGAAUAGAUUGUGCCAAUAUCAGAAUUGCGAUUUGGAUUCAGUGGAGGAUGAUUCAAGGAGGCCAGGAAUCCUGUAGGGCUUUAGUAGCUGUACAGAAGAUGUAAUUUAUUCUACACGGAGAGCCGGUGUGAUGUCUAGAGUGUUGGAUUUAGGCUAGAAAAGUCCAGAUUCAAAUUCCUCUCAACUAUGAAGCUCACUGGGUGAACUUGGCCAGUUACAAGGCUGGUUCUCACAACCAGCAAUAGGGCAAACAUCUUACCUAAGUCUGGGAGCGUGUUCCCAUUUUGUGAUUGUGUGCUCGAAAAAAGGACAGGAAGCAGGGCUUCUGCUGCAUAGGAGAGUUCCAUCCUACCCAGCUGUACCCAGCUGUUUAAUGAGAUAGGAGGGAGAGCCCUAGUAUCCAGUGGAAACCUUGCAGACAACCACUUCCCCCACCUCCUACUUUGCUUUUUUUGAGCACGAUCACAAAACAGGAGCGUGCACAGCUGUAGAACUUGGGUAGGACACUUGUCCUGCCCAAAUAAUGAUUGUGUGAACUAGCCAACUGUCUUUCAGCCUACUACUUCACAUGGUGGCUGUGAUGAUAAAUGGAAGAAAGGGAGAUCUGUAUGCUGCCCUGACUUGCAUGAAGGAAGGCUUAGAUAAAAAUGUAAUAAGUCAAAUACUGGCAAGCAUCGCCUAAUUUGUAUCCCUGUGUGACAAGGAACAAAUACAUAUCUGUUUAAAAACGAAAAGUACAGGAGACCAUUUCACCUUUCUGUCGGCAUCCCAGUUGCAACAGGGCUAUGUGGGCUCCGUAGUGCCCUUCUGAACAUCAUCAGGCAGGCAGAUUCUUAGGGCUGAAUUCUGGAGCCAAACCUCUCUCAUACUGUGCACACCUCUAGAGAAGUGGUGAUCUCAUGCUGUGCUCCAGACCACUGGGAGCCUGGCUGCUCUUGGGACUGAAGCCACCUCCCUUUUCAGUGCCUACUGUGCAGAAGAGAUGGCUUUCAUAGCAGGUGGCUUCCUGUUCAGUUGGGGCUUGCCUCAUACUGUAGAUCUACAUGUCUUUGUGCACUUUUUCUUCUUCUUGGAGCUGUCUUCCCUUCCACCCUGUUUCCUUUCCUGGAUUUUUACUUUCCCAGAUCAUUUGCGGUUUUAGCAGUCUGGGAGGUCUCUUACCCCUGCCUUAUACCUUCACUGAAUUGAGGGAGUAAUUUUUGUCACAUCAUUUAAUGAGAAAAAAGAGAGGGGAAAGAACACAGUGAUCCAAUAUCUGCCACACCAGAACCAAUCCUAAAAUUUGUUUUUUUGUGGGAAUAUACUAUGGAUCCUUACAUUUUGACUUUGAUAUAUCUAUAUUAUGGUUGCACUGUUUGAGUGUUCUCUUGCUAUUACCCUGCCUUUUCUCACUAACCUUUUCAGACUAUCCCUUGAAUCCUUAAAUUAUAAAAUAACUCCCCAUGUAUUAUCAGUUUUACCAAUGACACAAUGUAUUACCAAUGUUUUCAGUGGGAAAUGUUUUAAAUAAACAUGCCAUUCUGUACA